AUGGCAGAUUUAUACAACACUCUCGGUGAAAAAGAAAAUUCUGAAUUUCUUGAAACCCAAAUAGACCGACUUAAUGCUGCUUUAGAAGAAGCUUUAAAUGAUAUUGAAAACAACCGAUCUUCAAUCAGAAUCGAUAAUUCUGAAAUCAUGAAAUCAAUGUGUUCAGUUCUUACCACAGAAGAAGCAGAAGAUCUCAGUCUUCAAUUAGAGGGGCAAUCACAAAUGUAUGAUUCUUUCUACAUGCAAGACGAUUUCGAGCAAAAACUGGAAGACUUGCUAAUUCAGCUUGACCGCUAUCAGAUGAUCAUUGAAGAUUUCAAAGGAUUUGAAAUGCAGACUUUGGAAAAUUCAAAACAUAUAAAAGUUGUAUGCACAGAUCUUGAACUUUUAAACAGCAUUAACCAAUUUAAGCAGGCUGUUUCUGAAAAAUCUAUAGAAACCUUACAGGCAACAUUUGGAUCUGUUAUUUUAGAUUUGGACAUCCAGCAUGAGAUUUUGUCAGGCUAUGAUAUCUUGAAUGAAAAUGGCGAUGAAAUAAGAAAUAAAGAAUAUUUGGAAAAAUAUAUAGAAAACCUAGAAAAAGAAAUAGAUGAUCUGAAAGAUAAACAAGUUCUCUGUGAAAAUCUGCAUGGUGGGGUAAGUCGACCACAUUUUGAAGAAUCUCCAAAGCAUCUGCCAUCAAAAGCUUCACAUGAAAAUCGGAUUGAUAUUGAUAGACUAAGGACAGAAAUUACUCUUGAAUUGGAAAUGAAAUAUUCUAACUCCCCGGUUCGUUUUUUUUUUAAAAAAAAUUAUAUAGAAAUUUUAUAGAAAUUUUUUUUUCUCGAAAUUUAAAAAAACCUAUUUGGCAAAAUUUGAAAGCAAAUAUUAAUUUAAUUUAUGAAAUUUAUGCUUUAAAAUGCAAUUUGUUUAAAAAUUAAACAGAAUUGGCUCUAGAUUUCAUUAUACUGACUAUCAAUUUUAUAUCAAUUUUUUUUUCUAUUAAAAAAUUUUUGUUCACUCAAAUUUUGGGCAAAAAAUAGCGAUUUUUUCUAAUGGUUUUGUUCACUCACGGAGGGGGGAGUAAAAGAAAAAACCCUCAGCUUGAGCUUGCUCAAGAAAAAUUAAAUUUACAACUUGAAGAGGUAGAAGAAAUAAAGACACAUUAUAUGAAUAAGCUUAAAGAAUUAAACGAUCAGAAGUCAUCAAUUAUUAAACGAGAAAAUGAGCUUAAGUCUGCUAAAGCUGCUUUUGAGAGAGAAAAAGUGUCAUGGCGCGAACAAAUGAGGGUCCAGGAGCAAGAAACAUACAAAUUAAAGAGACAUUUAGAGGUGUUUUUUAAAAAUUAUGGAUAUGAAGAUUUAAGUCCUGGAGCUCAGCAAGCGAUACCAAACGGGCUUGAAAUAGACACCUCUAUUGAUGAAAGCUUUAAUCCUAAUUCAGCCAAACCACAGACACCUUCUUAUAGGUUUAAACAAGUUGCAGGACUGCAGGGACAUCUACAAGAACUUGAAUCCAAGAUUAAGGAAUAUUCUGAAACGAAUGAAGACCCUGACAAAAUUGAACUGAAAAUUGACAAUGUCAAAAAUAAAAUAUUGAACUUAAGAGGCGAAAAAGCAAUUUACGAAUCCAAAAAACAGGCAAGAUCAUUGGCUCAUAUGGUAAAAAUCAUGGAAAAGGAAUCUUCAGUAAAUCAGGAAAAAAGAAGAAAAGACUUGAUACAGCAAAUAUAUAAAAAAUAUGGAAUUGCCUCAAAAAUUAUUCUAAGCCCGUUUAAUAAUGCAAGAAGACCAGAAACCCCUAGAGCUCGAGCAUUUUUAUUCCCAAUUCAAGAAGACACCCCAGAGAAUGUUUCGACUUCAGAAAGUCCUGAAAGCUCUUCAAAGAGGCCUCUGCCAGAGCUUAGAAUACCCCAAGACGAAAAAGCUUUAACUUUACUAGACAAAAAAGCAGAUUACUUAAACCAAAAAGAAAAUGAACUUUAUGAGAAGGAAAAAAUCUUUCAAGACCUUUGCUUGAAAAACCCAGACUCAAAAGACUUUUUUGAAAUAAUGAAAACUGAAAAAGAAGCUUUGGAAAGAGAAAAAGAAGUAAUCAAAAAUGAAAGAGAACAUAUCAAACAAAUAAAAGAGAAAUUAGAGGAUGGCAAUGAAAAAAUCAACAAAAUAAAAGAAGAUCAGCUGAAAGAAAGGAAGUUGUUGGACAAAGAGAAAAAAGAGCUCUACAGGCUGCGAAAAAUUAUAUACUCGAUAUUGCCAACUUUGCAAAUGGUUUCAGCACAUGCGGUUUAA